GAUGGCAGUAUUGUCCUGUUUAAGAGUGUCACAACAUUGCUGUUUACGGCAGACGAACUGCUUUACGGUAGACUAAACGUGACUGCUGUUGUUGUGUGUUGUUACCGCGCUGGGAGGACGUUAAUGAAACUGCCUAACAAUAAACCCACAUAAGAAACCAAGAACUCGCCCUCGAUCAUUCUACAGUUAUGACAUCAUUGGGCAGGCAAGCUGUUUAUAUUGUGGGAAAGCGGACGUGAGAACAGGCUGUCCCCACUCAGGUCCGCAUUGAGCUGGAGGGGGCGUGGCCUUCAGCUACGGCUGAAUACCGGGAGUUUGUCGGGAGAAAAUUUCUGCCGGGAGGUUAUCGGGAGAGGCGCUGAAUACCGGGAGUCUCCCGGUAAAAACGGGAGGGUUGGCAAGUAUGGGUUGAUGUCUUGAGUCACAUGACAUAGUGACCGUUUUGACGUUAAUGACUGCACAGUGAGAACAAUUGCAGCAAAGAGGAUGUUGGCUCAGAUGUGAAGUGUUGCCACACAGCUGCAUAAGGACAGUUGACAAAAGUCAAGUCAUUUGCACGUAAAAAAUGCUGCAGCUCGUUGUAAUGGAUCUCUUGCUGCUUCCUCUCAUCAUUACGGGCCCCAACGCUGAUGCUCAAGGUUUCGACAUCGCCUUCCCCUGUCAUGAUUUGGUCUGCUAUAACAUAUGGAGCUUUAGGAUAAGAACAACUAGAGAAAACAUUGUCAUAAUUAGUAAUGGAGCGAUCAAGGAGGCAGCACAGAGCAAGGAGGACACAGAGUGCACGGUUCAUGUCCAACAUCUAACAGAAGACGAUGACAAACAUUAUUGCAAGCAAGCAGUUGAUGACUUCACCGCCCAAAAGGACGCUCCAGCAGUGAACUUGGUUCCAGGCAAAAUGGCAUCUUUCCAGUGCGUCCUGCUGUCCUUCUUGAAGCGCGGUUUUUGCGACCUGCGUCAAAAGGAGGUGCGCUUGGCGUGGGUGGACCAGGCUGGCGUGGAGCUCCAGGACGACUCUCGGCAUGGCAUACGAUAUAAAUCGAGCUGUCACGUCACGUUGACUGUCACCUUGCAAGGUCCUGGCAGGGAGACGUUCAGUUGCAGGGCCGAGGUGGGAGACAGUUUUUGGAUUUCAGAGGAGCUGCGAGUCCAACUAACAGCUACCAGAGGGAAGGGAAGAGGAGGCUUCAACGUGGAAGGAGAACCUCAGGAUUCCCGCCACUACCAAGUCAGCGUGGUCGUGGGGGUGCUGGCCUCCGCGACGUUGACCACCUUGGCCGCCGUGUUUGUGGUGAGGCGGAGAAGGAUGGCCCGUAAGUCACAAACAGGAAAAAAGCACAACAUUCAACAUAUUGACGUGUCCGAGGCGUCCAUCUCCUGUCCCUCGAACAAUGUUGAGGACGAUGUCGUCUACGCCGAUGUUAUCCUCCCAGCCAGCGCUGAGAGAGUGUCUUUCUGCGAGGACGACGCCACCGAGUACGCCUGCAUUCGUUAUCAGUAAUGUUGCACAACUUUGACGGGUUAUUGCAUUUAUCAUAUUGUCUACCUCAAACACCUCAGUUUAACUUCCCUUUUUAGGGAGUUUGGACAAAAACAAUCACUUCCUGUUUAAUCAUAUAUUGUUAUCAUCUGUAUUUUUUUCAAAUAUACAAUAUUUUCACAGUUGUCAUUUGUGUCUGCGUCCCGUUUUUCUUUCUGCCCGCGUAGGGUGUGGUCUCUCGCUGGCUUGCGGG